UUGGUCAAAGUAUAUUUUUCUAUUCGCUGCGAUGCGUUUUGCCGGAAAAUGUCGCAUUUCGGAGUUUCGAUUUCAUCGUACCCGUUGGCGUCAUGUGCUCCGUGAAUGUGCGGUAGCCGCAAUAUAGUAGCAGCCAAUGGUAACAUGCGGUCUUCCUCCAUGCAUGCGGUCCUUCAUAUUCCAUGAUAUGGCUAGAUUGACCUAGAAUGUGGCUGCGUAAACUGGGUUUUGUUGUCGUGCUUGAUUAUGCUUUGUGUCGUGUAUGUACAGUACAUAUGCCACCAAGACAUUAAUCGUGGAUUAACUUUCGUGAGAGGAGGGCUGCUUGCCUGACAUUUCCCGAGUGCUGGCAGCAUGAGCGAUUCCGACGCCACGAUCGACUCGGAUGAGUUGGAGUCCUUUCUUUCAACAAAGCGCAGACAAAAUAACCGAGAGAGUGACCACGACGUUCCGCGAAAACAAAAAAAGGUCAGCGAACGACCAGUCAAGAUACACGAGAUAUCGGACUCCAGCAGUGAUACCGACUGCGAAGAUGCGCCAAGUAUGCCCACUGCCAUCUCGAAGACCGUCUCUAAAAAGCCCGUGUCAGUUACUCCGCGCAAUCCCGGCACAUCCUCCGGCACGGAAAAACUCGCGGCUGUCAAGAAAGAAACGGCUAAACCUGUGAGAAGAACGGUCGGAGGAGGCAAUAAAGUUGUUCGCGACACCAAAGAAGCUGCAGAGGCCGCUUCGGACGAUCGGCCGGCGUGCAAAUACGGGCCCGGCUGCUAUCGCAAGAACCCGGAGCACGUACGUGCGUAUCGCCACGACGUCGCUGCAAAGCCGAAGCCGUCACGCUACAACGACGCGUUGCUGAGGCUCUACUACACGAGUGUCACGGGAAUUCCGGCCCGCUACAAUGCGGCUCAGAUCGCACGGUCCGUACGGGACCUGCUGUCGCCCGACAUGGGUCGCCUGGUGCGCUCUGCGCAGUUCAAUUACUGCUUCGAUAUUCCGUGGCUCGUUGAGCAGUACCCGGCCGAGUUUCGAAACCUUCCUCUGCUCGUGGUGCACGGCGAACAACGAGAGGCGAAAAGACAGCUGGAAGCGUCGGCGGCCGGCUUCCAGCACGUCUCGUUCGCUCAGGCCAAGCUGGAAAUUGUGUACGGCACCCACCACACCAAAAUGAUGCUGCUUCUUUACAAAGACGGGCUGCGAGUUAUUGUACACACUGCCAACAUGGUCCCGUCCGACUGGGCUCAGAAAACGCAGGCUGUCUGGGUUGGACCCCUUUGUCCUCGCCUUGCACCGGGCUCGAAGGACGGUGACUCCGAAACUGGGUUCAGAGCCGACCUCCUGAGCUAUCUGUCGGUCUACGGCGACAUGCACAUAAACGAGUGGUGUCACUAUAUUCGCACGCACGAUUUCUCGGCAGUCAAGGUUUUCCUUGUCGGUUCAGUGCCGGGAAGACACACGGGGCCAAGGAAAUCGUGCUUCGGUCACCUGAGACUCCGCAACCUGCUCAGUCAACACGGACCUAGCAAAGACCUGGUGUCUAACCACUGGCCCCUCGUUGCCCAGUUCUCUAGCAUUGGUUCUCUAGGUGCUAGUGCAGAGAGUUGGCUGUUAGGCGAAUUCCUCUCCAGCCUCUCGACAACAAAGGGCUCUGUGGUGACUGCUCGGUCAGUGCCGCUGAAGCUCGUGUUCCCAUCGGUGGAUGAUGUUCGCUGCAGCCUUGAAGGCUAUCCUGCCGGUGCCUCGAUUCCGUACAGCAUAGUCACAGCAGACAAGCAGCGAUGGCUGGACUCGUACUUUCACCGGUGGAAGAGCGACCGGUUAGGCCGCUCUGCAGCGUCUCCCCACAUCAAGACAUACACCCGGCUAUCACCCAGCAGCAAACAGAUUGCCUGGUUGCUUGUCACGAGUGCCAAUCUUUCGAAGGCUGCUUGGGGUGCCUUGGAAAAGAAUGGAAGUCAGUUGAUGAUACGUUCGUAUGAACUUGGAGUCCUACUGUUUCCAGCAAAUUUUGGGCAGGCGACCACCUUUGUUGUGUCGGAUGGGUCAAGUGGAAAUGAUGCUUUGUUCUUGCCUCUUCCAUAUGAUGUGCCUUUGGUCCCAUACAAAAAGGAUGAUGAACCUUGGACUUGGGACAGCCAGCAUAGAGAACUGCCUGAUAGGUUUGGGAACAUGUGGUGUCCACCUGUAAAUAGGAGGGGUCGAUAGGACAGUUAAUGCUUCAAAAAUUGUGAUGUGCUGCGGAAUAUCUAAAUGUUUAUUUCAAAUAUGUUUACCGUGCCUUUAUUAUUUUCUGUUUCCACUAUUUGUAAUGAACCCGAGUGCUUCUUUCCUUCCUCUCUUGCCUGGUGUGCAACUGUGAUGCUGUGUUAAUGCAUUUGCAGAUCCAAUUUACACUGCCAAACGUUUGCUUGCACAAUAAAAAAGAGUGAAGCAGCAUUUCAAUUUAAAUGCCAAACUCACUGUAGUACAACAUUCAUUUUGUUCAGUUUUUUGUUCAUUAUGCUUGCGAAAGUUUUAAGAAUUAUCAUGACAUGCACGUAGAUUGUGAUGUAAUCACUUGCUUCAUGUCUAAUUGUGUGGUAUGCCACUUGUUUUGGUGAUAGCUUAUGUCAAGAUAGUAAAUUUUCACAAUAAAGAACACUGUUUCUU